AUGACGGCGAACACAAUUCCUCAGAAACGGAAGAAGACCGACAGCGACGAUGAAGCUGAAAUUGUCAAAGAUGGAGCGCUCACAUCUGCUGCGGAGAACUUCUUCGAGGCCUUGACUGAGGCUGGGAUCACUCAGUGUUUUGUGAACCUUGGAAGCGAUCAUCCAGCUAUGUUGGAAGCGAUGAUCAAGGCUAAGCAAGAGAACAAAACAAACUUCCCCAACAUUAUUACAUGCCCCUCCGAGCUAGUUGCGCUAUCAGCAGCAUUGGGAUAUGCUCAGGCCACCGGACUCCCGCAAUGUGUCAUCGUGCAUGUCGACUGUGGAACUCUCGCCUUAGGCCAGUCUAUACACAAUGCCUCUGUCAGCAGGGUUCCAGUUCUAUGCUUUGCCGGAUUGAGUCCCUUCACUUCCCGGGGUGAGCUACUGGGUUCACGGACAGAGUUCAUCCACUGGUUGCAAGAUGUCCCUGAUCAAUCUGCAAUUGUGCGACAAUACUGCAGAUACACUGGUGAAAUCAAGACCGGACGCAACAUCAAGCAGAUGGUCCGUCGGGCAAUGGAAUUCGCUACCUCUGACCCCAAGGGUCCGGCAUAUCUGAUGGCUGCCAGAGAAGUCCUCGAGGAUCGUGUUGGCCCUGAGAUUGGUGAUGGAGAAGUUGUCAGCCCGAUUUCGCCAAGUGCAUUGCCAGAGCAAGAGGUCGAAUUGAUUGCCAAUGCUCUCAUUGAAGCACAGCGCCCCCUUGUGCUCACGACUUCUCUGGGACGAAACCUCAAAGCGCCUGCCCUUCUGGCUGAACUCUGUGAUAAGCUGCCCAUUACGGUUGUUGAGAUGGUUGGCUCUGAUGUCUGUCUGAGAAGCGAUCAUGAAGCGUACCGCGGUGUGACCGUCAACACUCACCCUGAAGUUCUCGAAGCCGAUGUCAUCCUUAUCCUUGACUGUGAUGUUCCUUGGAUUCCUACAGCCGGUACCCCUCGAAUAGGCACAAAGAUCUUCCACUUAGACGUCGAUCCCCUGAAACAACAAAUGCCCUUGUUUUCCAUCCCGGCAACCCGGAGGCUUAAGGUUGGCUGUGGAUACGCACUGCAGCAGAUCAACACUUUCUUGGAUAAACAGGAACUAUCCAAGACUGCCUAUGUGCCUCUCUUCGAGCAGCGCUCGAAGAACUAUCAAUCGUGGAGAAAGACAUUGUCUGACUCCGAAAAGCCAACAAAUGACGGUGUAGUCAGCGUGCCCUACCUGACCUCGAGACUGCGAAGUAUGCUUCCUCAGGAUACCAUCUACGUUUUGGAGGCUGUGACAAACGCCGGACAUCUCAUUCACCAUUUGAACUUGACCCAGCCCGGAAGCCUUAUCGCGAGCGGUGCUGGUGGACUUGGCUGGGGAGGUGGUGCAACACUAGGAGUCAAGCUAGGCAAGCCUGGCGCAUUCGUAUGCGGAAUUGUUGGUGACGGUGUCUAUCUGUUCUCCCAAAUGGAGAGCGUGUAUUGGAUUGCCAGACGCUACGAUAUUCCCUUCCUUAUGAUUGUGCUCAACAACGGUGGUUGGAAUGCACCAAAGGUGUCUGCACUUCUCGUGCAUAAGGACGGGCUGUCCUCCAAGUCCAACAGACGAGACCUUAAUAUCUCGUUCGAUCCCUCGCCGGAUUACCCCGGAAUUGCGACUGCCGCUGGAAAAGCUUGGGGCGCGACGAUCGCGACGCAGGCUGAGCUCGACCCAGCGAUCAAGGAGGCAACCACAGUUGUCCAAGGUGGAAAGUGUGCUGUCAUUGAGGUUUCCGUUCCCUCAAUGUGGAAAGAAAACUAG